AAUCAACUUUGUAAAGAGUGUAAUCAAGAAAAAUCAAUCUACACUUGUCCAUCUUGUUCAAUAAGAACUUGUUCAUUAAAAUGUUCAAAUCAACAUAAACAAAUCAAAAAUUGUAAUGGAAAACGAAAUCGAGUGACUCAUGUACCAAUCAAUCAAUACACUUGGGGUACUUUAAUGCAAGAUUAUAGUUAUCUUGAAGAAGUCAACAGG